AUGUCCUUCAAUUCUCCUUCUUGCAAUGAAUUCACGUGGAAGGCUAUACAAAAUUUCUUCAAUGAUGAUUCUGAUGAUGAUGACCUUCAUCAACAGAGGGUUGCAAUGGCUGUUCAACGCCAUACGUUUUUGCUGGAGCAAUAUGCUCAACAAUUCAAACAUGGUGGUUCUAUUGCAGGCCGUGAAUACAAGAAUCGGAAGAGAGAAAAACAUCAUAAGAGUCUCAUGGAGGACUACUUAUGUGAAAGACCACUUUAUCCCUCAGUGGACUUUUGCAGGCGGUUCCGCAUGAGAAGAGACCUUUUCUAUCGCAUCUUGAAUGAUGUUGUUGCACAUGAACCAUACUUUACCCAGAAGAUAGACGCUUGUGGACGACAAAGUCUAUCCCCAGAGCAGAAGCUAACAGCUGUUUUUGGAAUGCUCGCAUACGUAUGCUUAGCAGACUCCACCGACAAGUACUGUAGAUUGGGUGAAUCUAUAGCCCUUGAAUGUUUGCGAAAGCUUUGUUCUAUUACUGAAGCCGUGUAUGGUCAGUGGUACCUUAGUUCCCCAAAUCCGUUCGACCUUUUCAGGCUCUUGCACAAUGCUAGCCGUAGAGGAUUCCCAGGCAUGUUAGGCAGUCUUGACUGCAUGCAUUAG